AUGAACUUCUACCUCCUGAUAUAUUCUUCUGUAACACUACUGCUUCUGCAGCAUACAGUUUGUAUAGCACGUUCGUCGGUCGACGAUGUAGCCAACGCAAAUGAUGAUGAAGAAAUCGCUGAACAAGGUUAUACAAAAGUUCAAUCAGAACUUCAAAAAGCUGUCUUAAAAGGUUAUGACAAAAAACGUCGACCAGUUCUUUAUCAGUAUACACCGACAUAUGUUAAUGCAUUUGUACAUCUGACACAUAUUUCUGUUGAUCAAAGAGAACAAACUUUAACAUUGGCCGGAAUUAUUACUAUGCGUUGGGCAGAUGAAUAUGCUGUUUGGGAUCCGAGUAAAUAUUAUGGAAUUAAAAAACUGACACUAAAUCAAUGGGAAAUAUGGGUACCAGAUAUUCGUGUAACAAAUAGCGUUGCUGGUUUAGGACAAUUUUUUGAGAUCUCCAGACGAUCACAUGUAACAUUGGAAAGUAUUAAUCCAUAUCGAAGCUACGCAACUGUAAGGCCAAAAUUUAAUAUCAGAAUUGGAUGUAAAUUUGACUAUUCAUCAUAUCCAAAUGAUGUUCAACAAUGUGCUAUGGGAUUGUUCACAAUCCAACGGAUGAGUGACGUACAACUUUUUUAUGCAUUUGAACCGUCUGUACUGUUGGUGGAGUUAAAGUUGGUAAGGCAUGCCCCGUACUAUAUGACAGCGAUGUUCCUACCUGCAGUCAUCUCAUUUGUUGUCGUCAUUACCUCAUUUUUUCUUCCGUCACCAGCUUCGGCUAUCUAUGUUCUGUUAGCAAAUUUUUUUUUAAUUGACCUAUUUCUUGAAGAUCUUCUGGCAUUACUACCUCCGGUUAUCGGCAGUUUACCGCGAAUUGUUCGUUACACUGGUCUUGUUAUUGUCCUAACAACAAUUUCAAUCUUUCUCAACUACUGGUUUUACAAUUUGUUGAAUUUAAAGACUACUGCAACUGGUUUUGUAAAAAACUUGGCAAGACUGAAGAGUUUACUACCACGCCGUCUUCAGGAUGUGGCAAGUCGUACAUAUCAACAGAAUCAGACAGUAUUACACCGGUUGAUGCUUAAAAAUUAUAAUCGUGAUGAAAGACCGGUUCGUAACCAAAAUCAAAUACUGAUUAUUCAAAUGUAUCCGCAUGUUACACAUAUAUCCAUUGAUCAAUCCGAACAAACUGUUAUGCUUAACGGUAUUAUGCAUAUGAAAUGGAAAGAUGAAAAUGCAACUUGGGAACCCAGUGAACGAAACGGCGUUCGAGUGACCAAUUUAAAACAGUGGGAAAUAUGGCAUCCAGAAAUUAUGUAUUCUGAAAAAAGAACAAGAACACAGGCAACUGAAUAUACAGAAGUCUAUUCCUAUCCAAGAUUCUCAAUUAAAGUUGGAUGUCGAUUUGAUUAUUCUGCAUAUCCAAAAGAUAUACAAAAAUGUAUCGUUGAAUGGAGAAACUACAGUUCAAAAUCUUUAAUUAGCGAUUGGAAAAUUGUUCAAAUACAUAGUUACAGCUCUUUUUAUGCCGGUUAUUAUGGAACUGAUAACACCAAUCAGAUGGCAUCGGCAGUCGAUUUUGAAACUGCCGUUUCGAUGAUGCAUACAGAAAUUAUUUUGCAACGUUAUGCACCUUAUUAUGGAUUGGCAGUAAUCCUUCCGGCCUUUGUAUCGUUUCUGUUUCUGAUCAGCUCAUAUCUUCUUCCAAAUCCAAGUUCAGCAGUAUAUUUGUUGAUUGCAAAUUUUUUUUUGAUUGGCAUCUUUAUUGGCGAUAUUAUACAUCUGUUACCCCCAGCCAUAGGAUCAUUACCAAAAAUUGAUAGUCUAUAA